UUGUGCGGCGAUCCAUAUUAUACCGUUUCUUGAGGUCAAUGUUACUAAUGUCUUCGAUGUUUCCUUUGCCUUACCUUGUAAACAGUCUUGUUUUAACAUCAAUAAGAAUAACAAAGUUCGGACCCUGGUUACGCAAAAGCGUGAAUAGAAACAAUAUGGCGGAAAGACUGGAUGAGCGCCACUGACGCGAUUCUUGGACAAAAAUAAGGGAAACAUUGUUUUAGGUCGCAGAAGCAGAUUCAGGCGCCGACUUUUUCAACUGACUCAUGGCCGACGCUGAAGAAACACUAACCUCCCUUGUGAGAGACACAUCCGAACGUUCCGUGUCCCCAGAUGCGACAGACAACGCUGUCACGAUUUUGGGUCAAGAGAUCGUUAACGAUGUAGUUCACGUUGAAGCCGAAGGCAGGAGACGCGAUAGAUGUAAUGAACGGCACAGAAGUAGACAAGAAGAUGAAGUCAACGUGGCGACAACUUCGACGGUAGCCGACGUGGACAGCUUAUUUCCAGUAAAACUCGACAACAACGAUGUGCCGACAGCAUACGAGGAGACCGACACGGCAACUGGCGCUGACCAAAUCAUUUCGGGGAAGGCGGCCAGACAGCACCGCAAACUGUGGAAUCACUAUCACGUCCGACACCAGUCAAAUGAAGCAAAAGAGGCCGGCGACAGCGCCCUCGUGGACGAGGACUCUGCGAACUUAGCAGGUCUGGUAACUCCGUCGCAAGAAGAGAAGGGCGAGGCGCAGGAAAUGGCGGCAGCCGAAAAACCGGAGCUACACAAGCCCGAUAUUGGACAAAAAGAGAAUAUCGGGGACAAUAUCGGACAAGAAGAGGAUAUUGGGGACAAUAUCGGACAAGAAGAAAUACCUACGGAGAGCCCGCACACCGGAAACGACAUCAUCAAGACGGAGCUUGAUGUCAGACCCAAGGAGAUGCCUGCGGAGAAACCCGAGACCGGAAAUGACGUCACCACAACCCAGGAAAAGGAGGAGGAGGCUGCACUGGUGCUGGGCGAGGUUGACAUUCAAGGCGAAGCAAGUGGUCCUAUGCUCGACCCGCCCACUACUCCGGUCCUGAGCGAGGAGGAGUUGGAGAGCUACGAUGACAUUGCUGCUGAUAUUGCUGCUUCUUCUUUUGAGAACGGUGGCGAGAGGCUGUCUGCCAGGCGCCAGGUUUGACCUUCUGCCAUCGGCUCGGCAGGUUCCGCCUCCCUAUCCGGCGUGGCAAUGAAGCGGUCGAGCGGCGGACGUGUCCUCCCAGCGGCCCCCAACUCCACAACCCCGACCUUGGCGGCGCGCGGCCAGGCGUGCGUGCAGCAGAUGACGUCGUCCAUCACGGAGGCGGUGAAGGGGGAGUCGCUUCUGCCUCUACGUCGACCCGUGAAGCUGCGGCGACCGGCCAAGUACGCCAGCGCCGGCACUACCACCGUGUCGUCCGUGAGAGUAAGGAGGUCUCUUUCUCACGGUCCCAGCCUUUAUUACGAAGAACGAAAAGCCCAGAAAGUGAUCACAUGGUCUGAAGCGACCAAUGCGCGUCCACCGCUAAGGAUUGACAUGGAAGGCCCCACUCCAUGCACAUACUCUCCACGUGUCAAGCCUUUGCAGGAAACCAAUGCUCCUGCCUUCACUUUCGGCUCCAGGUGCCAGCCCGAGAAAGAUGGAGGCUCUCGCACUUCCUGGGCCAAGACAUGGUUCCAGACACCGCAUGUGUGGCUCAACAAAGUGGACUUUGGCAGAGAGGAGCUGUGGCCUUCUCCUGCACAGUAUCACAAGCCUUCGUGCCUGGGACCACGACAACGCACAAUGCCAGAGGCACCCAGCUACACGUUUGGGCACCGUUCUGAAUACUCGAUCGUUAAACAAGGAGCAGGUAAGGAGCCCUCUCCCAAUGAAUACCAGCCACACCUGGCGGACAAGAUUGUCCUGCGCCGUUCUCCGGCCUUCACUCACCAGUUGCGUCGGGAAGGGACUGUACUCUGGGGGGCGAGUGAAAUUACGCCAGGCCCAGCCUUUUACAACCCAGUUGUUCCGAGCAGAGAAGCCCCUGCCUUCACUAUACGAGGAAUUCGCCGGGAAAACACUCACUUGCCGGGCCCCUACAGCCUCUGACAAUGUGUCUACCGAGUGCAAACUCUCCCAUGGAAACUUCUAGAGAUACGAAACGCUUUCCCCAGCAUUAUAAAUUCAGUGUGCGUGCAUGAGUGGGUGAACUUUUAUGCAUGUAUGUGCGUGUGUGCAUGUGUGUGUGUUUGUUGCUGUGUGGUGGAAAUGUAAUUCUGAGAUACCCUGUUCCUUGUAAAUAUGGGUCUAUCGCAGGUUUUUUUUUCAGAAUCAUUGUGCUUUCAUUCGUUUUGUCCUUACCUACCCAUUUCAUAUCCCACCCUGUGGAUUGGUCGGUUAUCUGGGACAUUGUAGCUUAGGGGCGACAUCUUCCACUGGGAUUUGAAUAAUCGCGCCUCACGUAGCACAAAGGUGUUUCACUUUCGUUUAAUCACCGGAGAUACAUUCCAGCAUACAUUGCUGUGGUAUCAUUUGCUCAAAAGUGCUGUGUUUAUUGCAGCUAAUUAGAACUGGAUGCUCAUCAAAGAUGACUGUGAUAGACUAGACUUGUUUAUAUGAUCUGUUGUUCAUGCUAUUGUUUAUUCUGUUUACGGAACUUGUUUAUACAAGUUUGUACAGUAUUUGUAGUUGCCAUUAUUUCGGCUUUCCUGUCAGUGUGCCAUAAUUUCUCCUAAAAUUGUACAGAACUUGUAUUUGCAUUUAGUGUUCUUGUGUGACACUCAAACCCUUUUUUAAUUUUUUUUUUUUUGGAAAAGAAAAAAUUCGACACCGUGCAAACGUUAUAUUAUUAUGACUGCCUGAUGUUGUCUUUAUAUGUUUAUAUUUGUUGUAUCAGCAAAAAUCGGUUUUGCCAAGUCUUUGUACUGCUGCUUCGAUUGCAAACUUUCAAUUUCUGUAAGACGUAUAUUUUCUGAAUGGAAUAUUUUUUCAAGAUCUCAGUUUUUAAAGUGAGAAAAAUGUAAAGACAGUUAUUUUUAUAUUGUGUCAAGGGUCACUCUGUAGUCUAGCUUCCUAUAUUCCUGUUUUGCAAUGAUGGAGUGCUGAGAUAUAAGAAGGCCAUGAUGUUUCUUUUGAAGCAAGUUGAAGUGCUUAACUUAAUAUCUACUUGGUUUGCUGCACUACUAAUAAGUGCACUAUUUUGGUGCAAGUUUAUUUGUGUGAUAUAGUAUUUGUAAUCAGCUUGUAUUCAGGAAUGCAUUGCUGUUAGAAUACAUAAAACUGUUUUGGUAAA